CUUGUCCGCGUGAAGAAUAUAAUCAUCGCAAAGUUCGAGCAGAACCCGGUCCUCUACGACCGGGAAAAUGCCGAAUACAAGGAUCCGAAACUCCGCGAGGAAAUAAUAACCGGCAUCGCCCAAUCCCUGACGACAGAAAGUCACAAGUGUAAGUGUCCUCUCGAAACUCUGAUAAUUGUUCAAUUUUUGUGUACCUUUGUCUUGGCGCGUUGUAUUUAGGUUAUGGUUAGGUUAUGGUGUUCGUUGCAAUUCUUACAUUUUGCUUGUGUCUGCUUGUUUCUCGCCAGUGUUUCAUGCCCUCAAUUUUCCUACUUUUUGUUUCCACAGACUCAUCCACAGAUGUGUCCAAUCUAUGGAAGAAUUUACGAGAUGGGUUUGUGAAGGAGAAACAGACCAGGAACAAGGAGAACGUUAGUGGCUUAAAAGGAAACAACAGAAAACCAUUCCCAUUCUACGAUCAGAUGCAGUUCGUAGAACCAUACGUGAGGCAUAGAAGGAGCCUCUGCACCACUGAUGGAGAUGGAGAGGACGGUGAUGCUUCACAAAAUGACUUAAUUGAGAAUCAGGAAGAAGAGGAGACCCUGGAAAUUGCGGAUGCCUUAAUUGAGGUUGUGAUGGUUACGGACAGUGAGGGGACCAAUCUCCAACCAUCAGAACAAGCAGUGACUGAGGCUCAGUCUAUACCAGGCAACGACGCAGCAAAGGAUCACUUAUUUGGGGCAGGGAUAAAGCGGAAGAAUACCGAGGAACCAGCUCCAGCGGCAAAGAAGUCUGUUUCCCUCUCAUCAGUGCCCGUUCUGUCACCAGCAAAAAAGAGGGGGGUGCAUUUAUCUAGAAGUACAGCCAAGGAGAGGGAUAACAUAAACAACGGGCUGAAACAGGCGCUGGAUCAAAUCCAGAAAAGUAUGACAGCUGUAAGUGAUCCUGAUGCAGCGUUGGGUGAAUCCAUUGUAGCUGCUCUUUCUGCCAUCACCGAUAUAGACAAAAAAAGAAGUGGAGGGGGUUUUUGAGGCAAGCUAUAAAUUUUGGAAGAUGAAUGUUAAGGAAGGACAGCCCACAGUGGACAGUAUUUUCAUGAGAGUUUGAAAAGUGCUUUACUUUAUGGAAUACAUGUUCUGCACUCUCUCACUUCUUGAAAAUUACUAGUCCUGGGUGACAUUUCUGGCUGUGAGAAAAGUGCAGUUUUUCCAUACAUGUAAAGCACUUUUCAAAACUAAUGUGAGACUGAACAUCUGUGAAUUUAAUUUUGCAAUUAUUUUGCAAAUUCUUUCUUUUUUCAAUUUUUUGUUUUUAUUGGUUAUUACUUUAUUUUAGUUAUUGUAAGUUUACUUAA